GAGAGGAAGAGUAGAAAAGACGGGAGCGAGAGCCUGUCGGGGAGCUAGAGAGGGAGGUGCAGGCAGGAAGCAGACUAGUUUAUUCAAGCCAGGAGGGGAUUCGCUGUAGCGCAGGCAGCCGUCGAUUAUACCCCACAGCGUCUGCGAUUUAACUGCAGCAACCAUGACAGACGCAGACAAGUUCCUCUACGUGGACCGCAACCUGAUCAACAAUCCCUUGGCGCAAGCUGAUUGGGCCUCCAAGAAGCUGAUAUGGGUCCCCUCCGAGCGUUUGGGCUUCGAGGCGGGCUCCCUGAAGGAGGAGAGCGGCGACGAGUGCCUGGUCGAGCUGGUCGACUCCGGGAAGAAGAUCAAGGUCAACAAGGACGACAUCCAGAAGAUGAACCCACCCAAGUUCAGCAAGGUGGAGGACAUGGCGGAGCUGACCUGCCUGAACGAGGCCUCCGUGCUUCACAACCUGAAGGAGAGAUACUACUCCGGCCUUAUCUAUACCUACUCUGGACUCUUUUGUGUGGUGAUCAACCCCUACAAGAACCUGCCCAUCUACUCUGAGGAGAUAGUCGAGAUGUACAAGGGCAAGAAAAGGCAUGAGAUACCCCCCCACAUCUACGCCAUCACCGACUCGGCCUAUCGCAGCAUGAUGCAGGACCGUGAGGACCAGUCCAUUCUGUGCACAGGGGAAUCUGGAGCAGGGAAGACUGAAAACACGAAGAAGGUGAUUCAGUAUCUGGCUCAUGUGGCCUCGUCCUUCAAGACCAAAAAGGACCCGAGCAGCACAGUCCUGUCACAUGGCGAGCUGGAGAGGCAGCUGCUGCAGGCCAAUCCAAUCCUGGAGGCCUUUGGCAAUGCCAAGACGGUCAAGAAUGACAACUCGUCCCGAUUCGGGAAGUUCAUCAGAAUCAACUUUGAUGUCAACGGAUAUAUUGUGGGUGCCAACAUAGAGACCUACCUUCUUGAAAAGUCUCGUGCCGUUCGUCAGGCCAAGAAUGAGCGCGCGUUUCACAUCUUCUACUACAUGUUGACAGGGGCUGGAGACAAACUGCGCUCGGAACUGUGUCUGGAGAACUAUAGCAACUACCGCUUCCUGUCAAACGGCAAUGUGACCAUUCCUGGGCAGCAGGACAAGGACCUCUUCUUGGAAACCAUGGAGGCCAUGAAAAUCAUGAGCAUUCCUGAAGACGAGCAGAUUGGUCUGUUGAAGGUGGUGUCUGCAGUUCUCCAGCUGGGGAACAUGACUUUCAAGAAGGAGCGCCAGUCGGACCAGGCCUCCCUGCCUGACAACACGGCUGCGCAGAAAGUGUGUCACCUGAUGGGUAUAAAUGUGACUGACUUCACACGAGCCAUCCUGUCCCCGCGAAUCAAAGUGGGCCGGGACUAUGUGCAGAAGGCGCAGACCCAGGAGCAGGCCGAGUUCGCCGUGGAGGCUCUGGCCAAAGCCACGUACGAGCGCAUGUUUCGCUGGUUGGUUCUGCGCAUUAACAAGGCUCUGGAUAAGACCAAGCGCCAGGGAGCCUCCUUCAUUGGCAUUCUGGACAUCGCCGGCUUUGAGAUAUUUGAGCUGAACUCCUUCGAGCAGCUGUGCAUCAACUACACCAACGAGAAGCUGCAGCAGCUGUUCAACCACACCAUGUUCAUCUUGGAGCAGGAGGAGUACCAGAGGGAAGGCAUCGAGUGGAGCUUCAUCGACUUCGGCCUGGACCUGCAGCCCUGCAUCGACCUCAUCGAGAAGCCGGCAAAUCCACCAGGUAUCUUGGCCCUGCUAGAUGAGGAGUGUUGGUUCCCCAAAGCGACAGACAAGAGCUUUGUAGAUAAGCUGGUGCAGGAACAGGGCACCCAUCCGAAAUUUCAGAAGCCCAAGAAGCUGAAAGAUGAUGCCGAUUUCUGCGUCAUGCACUAUGCUGGGAAGGUGGAUUAUAAGGCUGAUGCUUGGCUGAUGAAGAAUAUGGAUCCUCUGAAUGACAACGUGGCCACGCUUCUCAACCAGUCCUCUGACAAGUUUGUCUCUGAGCUGUGGAGAGACGUGGAUCGUAUCGUGGGUCUGGACAAAGUGGCCGGGAUGUCCGACUCGACACCGGGGGCCAUGAAGACGCGUAAAGGCAUGUUCCGCACGGUGGGCCAGCUGUACAAGGAGUCCCUCACCAAGCUGAUGACAACACUGAGGAACACCAACCCCAACUUCGUCCGCUGCAUCAUUCCUAACCAUGAGAAGAAGGCAGGUAAACUGGAGCCCCACCUGGUUCUGGACCAGCUAAGAUGCAAUGGUGUUCUGGAGGGAAUCCGUAUCUGCCGACAGGGCUUCCCCAAUAGGAUAGUCUUCCAGGAGUUCAGGCAGAGGUAUGAGAUCUUGACUCCCAAUGCUAUCCCUAAGGGUUUCAUGGAUGGCAAGCAAGCCUGUGUGCUCAUGAUCAAAGCCCUGGAGCUGGACUCCAACCUGUACCGGAUUGGCCAGAGCAAAGUGUUCUUCAGGGCCGGAGUGCUGGCUCAUCUGGAGGAGGAGAGGGAUAUGAAGAUCACCGACGUCAUCAUCGGCUUCCAGGCCUGCUGCCGAGGUUUCAUCGCUCGCAAAGCAUUUGCCAAGAGACAGCAGCAGCUGACUGCCAUGAAGGUGAUCCAGAGAAACUGUGCUGCGUACCUGAAGCUCAGAAACUGGCAGUGGUGGAGGCUCUUCACAAAGGUGAAACCACUGCUGCAGGUGAGCCGGCAGGAGGAGGAGAUGCAGGCCAAGGAUGAUGAGCUGGUCAAGGUGAAGGAGAGACAGCAGCAGGUGGAGGAGCAGCUGCAGGAGUCUGAAGUCAAAAAUUCACAGUUGAAUGCGGAGAAGGUGGCCCUGCAGGAGCAGCUGCAGGCGGAGAUUGAGCUUUUCGCCGAGGCUGAGGAGAUGCGAGCGCGCUUGGCCACCAAGAAGCAGGAGCUGGAGGAGAUCCUGCAUGACCUGGAGGCCCGAGUGGAGGAGGAGGAGGAACGGGCCGCUCAUCUGCAGAAUGAGAAGAGGAAGAUGCAGCAAAACAUCACGGACCUGGAACAGCAGCUGGAUGAGGAGGAGGCAGCCAGACAGAAGCUGCAGGUGGAGAAGGUCACUGUGGAGGCCAAGGUCAAGAAGCUGGAGGAAGAUGUCAUGGUGCUGGAUGAUCAUAACAAUAAACUCGGCAAGGAGAAAAAACUACUAGAGGAUAGAAUCUCUGAGUUCACCAUAAAUCUGGCUGAAGAAGAGGAGAAGUCCAAGAGCCUACAGAAACUCAAGAACAAGCACGAGGCCAUGAUCACAGACCUUGAAGACCGCCUGCGCAGGGAGGAGAAGCUGCGGCAGGAGCUGGAGAAGAACAGACGCAAGCUGGAGGGUGAUAGCACUGAGCUGCAUGACCAGAUCGCUGACCUGCAGGCUCAGAUUGCUGAGCUUCGUGCUCAACUGGCGAAGAAGGAAGAGGAGUUGCAGGCAGCACUGAGCCGGAUGGAAGAGGAGGCGGCCCUAAAAAAUCAGGCCCAGAAGAAGAUCCGAGAGCUGGAAGCUCAGCUCUCUGAGCUCCAAGAGGACCUGGAAUUGGAGAGGGUGGCCCGCAGCAAAGCUGAGAAGAACCGCAGGGACCUGAGCGAGGAGCUAGAAGCCCUCAAGACGGAGCUGGAGGACACUCUGGACUCCACAGCUGCCCAGCAGGAGCUCCGAGCUAAGCGUGAGUCGGAGGUCACGCAUCUGAAGAAGACCCUGGAGGACGAGGCCAAAGUGCACGAGCAACAGGUGGCUGAGAUGCGGCAGAAGCACGGUCAGGCGUUCGACGAGCUGAAUGAGCAAUUGGAGCAAGCCAAGAGGAACAAGGUGUCUGUGGAGAAGGCCAAGCAGGCUCUGGACAGCGAGCGCAACGAGCUGGCAAUCGAGCUGAAGACCCUGAUGCAGGGCAAGACCGACUCGGAGCACCGCAGGAAGAAGGUGGAGACCCAGCUGCAGGAGCUACAGGUGAAGCACGCGGAGAGUGAGAAACACCGGGUGGAGCUUUCAGAGAAGGUCACCAAGGUCCAGGCAGAGCUGGACAACGUGAACAGCCUGCUCAGCAAUGCUGAGAGCAAGUCGAUCAAAGCAUCCAAGGAUUGCUCGGCUGUCGAGUCCCAGCUGCAGGACACGCAGGAGCUGCUCCAGGAGGAAACGCGGCAGAAGCUUGCCGUGUCCACGCGUCUUCGGCAGAUGGAGGAUGAGCAGAAUAGCUUGAAAGAGCAGAUGGAGGAAGAAGAGGAGAGCAAGAAAAAUCUGGAGAAACAGCUUCUCACCUUGCAGACACAGAUGGCAGAGAUGAAGAAAAAGGUGGAGCAGGAAGCAUCGUCCCUGGAGAGUGCGGAGGAGGGUAAGCGGAGGUUCCAGAGGGACUUGGAGGCCGUGAACCAGCAGCUAGAGGAGAAGUGUGCCACCUUCGACAAGCUAGACAAGACGAAGACCCGGCUGCAGCAGGAGCUGGAUGAUCUGAUGGUAGACCAGGAUCACCUGAGGCAGACUGUGCAGAACCUGGAGAAAAAGCAGAAGAAAUUUGACCAGAUGCUGGCCGAGGAGAAGUCUGUCUCCAGUCGGUACGCAGAGGAACGAGAUCGGGCUGAAGCGGAGGCGAGGGAAAAAGAGACCAAGGCACUGGCACUGAACCGAGAGCUUGAGACUAUGGUGGAAUUCAAAAACGAGCUGGAACGGGCCAACAAACAGCUCAAAGUGGAGAUGGAGGAUCUGGUGUCAUCUAAAGAUGACGUCGGCAAGAGUGUCCACGAACUGGAGAAAUCAAAGCGAGGCAUGGAACAGCAGCUGGAGGAGAUGAAAACCCAACUGGAAGAACUGGAGGAUGAGCUGCAGGCCACUGAGGAUGCCAAGCUGAGGCUGGAGGUCAACAUGCAGGCCAUGAAAGCCCAGUUUGAGAGAGACCUGCAGGGUAGGGAUGAGAUGGGCGAGGAGAAGAAGAGACAGCUGCUUAAACAGGUGCGGGAGAUGGAGGUGGAGCUAGAAGAUGAGAAGAAGCAGCGCACUGUGGCAAUGGCUGCCCGCAAGAAGCUGGAGGCUGACCUGAGAGACCUUGAGUCUCAGAUUGACAUGGCCAACAAAGGUCGGGAAGAUGCCCUCAAACAGCUGAAGAAGCUGCAGGCCCAGAUGAAAGACGUGCUGAGGGAGCUGGAUGAGUCCCGCCUGUCCCGCGAAGACAUUUUGGCCCAGGCCAAGGAAAACGAGAGCAAAAUCAAGUCUUUGGAAACCAAUGCAAUUCACCUCCAGGAGGAGCUUGCUGCCGCAGAGAGGAUGAAAAAGCAAGCCCAGCAGGAGAGGGACGAGCUGCAGGACGAGCUGGCCAACCUUUCCUCCAAGAGCUCCCUUACGUCGGAUGAGCGACGCCGACUGGAAGCUCGCAUCACCCAGUUAGAGGAGGAGCUGGAGGAGGAGCAGAGCAACAUGGAGAUGCUGAAUGACCGCCUCAAACGUGCCAUGCUGCAGGCUGACCAGCUCACCAUAGAGCUGACGGCUGAACGCAGUGCUAGUCAGCAGCUGGAAGGGGCUCGCUCACAGCUGGAUCGGCAGAACAAGGACCUGAAACAGAAGCUACAGGACCUGGAGGGGACCGUCAAGAGCAAAUACAAGGCCAGCGUCACUGCCCUGGAGGCCAAGAUCGCUCAGCUGGAGGAGCAGCUGGACGUCGAGACCCGGGAGAGACAGCAGGCCUCCAAGAUGGUGCGACGUGUCGAGAAGAAGAUGAAGGAGGUGACCAUGCAGGUCGAGGAUGAGAGACGCAACACGGAGCAGUACAAAGACCAGGCGGAGAAGCUCAACGUCCGGAUGAAGCAGCUGAAGAGGCAGCUGGAGGAGGCGGAGGAGGAGACCUCCCGCGCCAACGUCUCCCGCCGGAAACUGCAGCGGGAGCUGGAGGACGCCACAGAGUCCGCCGACGCCAUGAACCGCGAAGUCAGCUCGCUGAAGAGCAAACUGAGAUGUGGUAAUGUCCCCUUCUCUACGCGUCGUAACGUCAACCGCCCAGGGAUGGAGAGCGAUGAAGACGGAGACGCUAAGGGUGACGCCUCCGAACACAAGCUGGAGUGACCCGACUGCAGCGUCCAAUGGCGCACAAGUGCGCCCCCCCCCCAUAUGCAUAUCCAUAUGUGCACAGGAAUGGAAUGGGAGGUGGUCGUAGCAAGUAUUAAUCAUGUCAAACUUUAUUAAUGUUAUGGUAAACACCUGCACUUGAGUGCAUUACAUACUCACACAAAUGCUUACAUGGAGAAAUUAUGCCACAUGGUCACGUGAUAGAUGUGUAAAGAGGGUCUUGUCUGCCUUGUUUAAAUUAAGGACACAUCACAAAUGCAAAAAUAUGGGCCAAACUUCUUUCCCUUCUCAAACUUGAAUAUCUUCUUGAAUGUGAAUUAUUUUUGUAACAACGCAUAAACUGGAAUAUACUUGCCACUUAUCUAUUUUUCUACUGGAUUUUUUGAAAAGGCAAAUUGUCGACUGAAAUAGCCAAAGCAGUACUGUAGUAUGCAGUGGAGGUAUUGGUUUGCUGUGCUUAACGGCAUGAAAAGGGCAAUGUCACUAAUUUUACUAAGCAGUUAAUCUAUACUAGGUUGUAAUGUUUAUCAAUGGUGUUGCAUUUAAGAUAUCUGCCUUUUACAAUGCACACAACUGCACUGAAGGUUGCAGUGUGGUGGUUUGAGGAAUUUUGGUGACGUUUGUCUGGGUGCAUCAUUCUGUGCAGUCCGAUUACCUUAUGGUUAGGAAUGCUCUUAUGCCAACUUUCCACUUGUACACCAGUUUUGUUAACUAGGAUAAGUUAUUUUAGCCUAUUGUGCUGAGAAGGCUAAAUAUUUCACUCUUCCCUUCACGUGCAUCUAGGUAUGUUCCGGGUGUUUGGGUUCUCCUGUGAAAGCUACAAAUCGAGCUAACACUGUGACCUAUACUUUGUAGAGGAGCAUAUGAAAGACCUCCAACUUGGCCUUUUUGAGAUUUUUAUACUCUAGUUUCUUAAUGUUACAGCAUCUCAUCCUUGUACUUUUUUUCCCCCCCCCCCUUUAUGCGAAUGGAGGAAUUGGAACUUAUCUGCUUUGGGCUACUCAUUUUAUCUUGUGAUGUUUUGUAUUGGGAUGAAUUGCUUUAUCAAAGUAAGAUUUGUACCACUACAAGCACCACAACUCUCUUGUAACGCAAACUUUGUCUUCCCUGUCACCACAAAGUCACUUCAAUUAAAUAAAACUUUCUUUGUACAUUG